AUGUCAGCAAACGGGAGCUCGAGCAGCCUGCAGGGGGACCUGGCCACCCGCACGCGGCAGCACACGAGCAGCAGGAUGAUGAAGACGACGAAAAGGGGCCGGCCCUUUGCGAAAGACACCCACGACCUCUUUGCUACGCUGAUUGUCUCGCUCAACCUGACGACGCACCGCCAGUACUUCAAGACCUACCACAACUCGUUCACCACCGACGAGGCCGCCGAGAAUCUGUCCGCGCUCAAAUUCUCUCAGUCGAACCGGGUGCCUGAUCCGAACGAGCCGAGCCGCAUCGUUACGACCACCACGACCACCACGUUCAGCAUGAACCGCGAGAUGGCAAAGGGCAUCUGCCAGCAUUUCAUGGACGCCCGCCUGAUCGAGAACGCCGGAGACACGACGAGCAGCGUCUUCAAGGACAAGGGCGUCUACGUGCUGACGCCCAAAGGCCUUCACAUCCUAGAACGCUUCAUCACCAAGAACGGCAUCAAUGGCGAGCACCUGCUCAAGGUCUUUUCCUCCCAGCCCAUCUGUAUGAAGCUGCUCCACCUCGAGAGGCGCCUCAGCGACGACGAGCUGCUCAUCAACGGCCCCGUCCUCGAGGUCAUCUUCCGAAGAGUCGCGGGUCGUAGCCCCAACUACAACCAAGACGCCGCUCUUGCGCGGCCUUCGCCGGAGACAUCCAGCAACUUUGAUCGCGCCAUGGGCAUCGAGGUGGCCGACAUCCAGGAAAAGGUCAAGGGACAAGGGCUCAAGACCUUCCGGCACACCUUCCACGCGCUGGCGGCGAUCGACUGGCUGUGCGACUUCACAACUGUCUGCGGCAAGGACGAGGCUGCCGAGAUCGCGGCGCACUUUGUCCGCGUCGGCCUGCUCACCCAGAUCGUCGACAAGUCGCGAAGGGAGCAGGAGCCCUACGACGACCGCGACGUCAUCGUCCGAGUCGACGACGGUCGUGGCAACGUCACCGAGGGUCACUUCCGCUGCCAUCACAAGACCAUCUACGGCGUCACCGAACGCGGCCGACUGGUCGCCAGGUGGGAUCAGCCGGCAGGCACCGACGCCAACGGCUCGUUCAGGGCCAAUGGCUCGCAUCGAAGGCGGUCCUCGGACACGUUCGAGUCCGGGCUGGCCGAGCGUGGCGACGGAGAUGCGGGCGUCCACCCGGCCAAGGCGGCAGAGGCCAAGUCCAAGCUUGCGGACAUCCCCUCCAGCCCGAACCCGUCGAACCCAAAGGACAGGACGCUCUCCCGCAAAGCAUCUACAGUCGACCGCUCUCGGGGCGAAGCCAACGGUCACCACGUCGCUACGGUCCCAGCGGCGGCCAUUGGCCAGGGCAUCGCCGACACCUCGGCCUACAGCUCGAGGGACAGCAACACGAACCGUCUCAAAAACAUCCUCGAGGAGCCCGCGCUCCGCCUCCUCUUCCGCGAGUUCCUGAGACAAAACUUUUGCGAGGAGAAUCUGAGCUUCUGGCUCGAUGUUCAGGACUUCAAGCGCAGGUUCCACACCACCAGCAGCGCCAUGGCCGUCCGCGGUCCGGCCGGGCCGGCCGAGAACGGCGCCGCCUCGCACAAGACUGGCAUGGGCCGCAAGCUCGGCCGCACCCUGACCGGCGCACUGAGCGGGGCCGCAGGCGAGAAGGACAAGGACGCGCCCAUGCCUGGAUACACGGCGAUGGAGCGCCACCAGCAGGACCUGGUCAGCAUGGCCUUUGUCAUCUUCAACACCUACCUGGCACCCGCCUCGCCGAGCGAGCUCAACAUCGAGCACAACCUCCGCGCUGAGCUCGUGGUGUACAUGAACAAGAUCCUCGCCGAGGCCAAGGCGGCCGGUGCCCUCACCGGCGCCCUCACGCCCGGUGCGGGUUCGGCUGCACAGACGUCGACGCCUCCGAGCGAGGCCGGCGGCAGCGUCUUCGCCUCUUCUGCCGCCAACCGCUCCGAGACCAGCCUCGAGGAGAAGAAGGCCUCGGUGGCGUCGCAGCGGAUCCGCAUCCCGCUCCACGCCAGCCAGCUGCAGACGAUGGUGCGCCUCUACGACCGCAUCCAGGACCACAUCUUCCAGCUCAUGGCCACCGACUCGGUGCCGCGGUUCAUCAAGGACCCGAGGUUUGUGCAGCUCGUCAAGAGCGUCGAGGAGUACACUGAGGCGCUCGAGGCCGGCCGCAUCGACCCGCACGAAAACGCCGGACCGGCCAUCGGUCGCGAGGUCGUCGAGGCGAUGCAGCUCCGAUCCUCGGACCUUCACGGCGGCAGCAAAGCCAGCAGCAGCCACGACGGCGGGUCCAGGCAGUCGGGUGAUGCGUCGUCCCGCAAGGUCUCGGCCACCACCGCAGCUACCUCGACAGCGCCCAGCGCCCCUGCCAGCGUCGCGUCGCCCAAGAUGGAGGCCGGCAUCGCCCGAUGA